CUAGAGAACAGAGAUUUAGAGUUGAAUGACGCAAAAAAAGCAAUAUAUUGAAACAUUAAAACAUAGCAACUAAAAUUGUGCUUUUUAUCCUCUGCAGUACGAGGCCUUUUUUUUUUUUGCCUCCCUUCUACUAAAAUUGAUAGAAUCAAAUAUUUGACAGGGUCAAGUAAUGACAUAGGCUUCUAGUUCUGUGAUCAAGUCAAUUCUGAACAGCUAAAAGUCACAUUUUGGAUCCCUGCCUUAAAACGAAACUCAAAUAACUCGUUGAGGUGGAGUGAGACCAUUAAAUUAUUUCACAAAAAGUGGCCCUUCUGCAUCUCAUCUAUGAAUGAUGAGAGUAAAAUAUGAUGAGCAAACCUGAUGCAGUUUGUUUUAAUACCGGUUUGUCCACCAAAAUAUACUAAAAAUAACGCUUCAGUUCUCACUAUACCAUAAUAAGACCAGAUUCCCCCCCAAAAAAGGAGAAAUCAACAACUGGUAAAAGGCCUUGAAACUGAAAUCAUAUAAUUUAUGAAUAGAAAAGAAAAAUGGGGCGACAGUGUGAGUUCCGACAUCGACGGGGGGCGUGGCCUAAAAUCAGACGGGACAGGAAGCGUUUUUACGUCUCAAUGUGCUGCUCCUGCUGCCGCCGGCUGUUUUUUUUUCCUGAUUUCACUUCAAAGCCUUCGCCUUUGCAGCGGACAUCUGACAAACCCAAAAUCGACAUGAUAACAUAGGUAGACGACAACGGGGUGUUUCUUUUUCUUUUUCUUUUUUUUUUAACGAACGGACCCCGAGGUUGUCCCGCUCAGAGCCCGAUGGAGCUGUGGGGAUAGAGGUUCUCCCACUGGAGUGAGGCCACAACCGGACACCUGGAUGCUCUUCAACCUUGUUUGUGUUUAGAGGCAGCGGAGAGCCAUGGUUCUGCGGGCGUCUCCGUUUCCCAACGGCCUUGUUGCCGGUCUCCACGCCGUCGGGUGGACGUUAAUCGUGCCGUGCUUCUGGUACCUCGACCGCGUCAUCGCUGUGUGCAAGUCCACCACGAAGGAGAGGGCCGAGCGACAGGAGCAAGAAUGCUACCUUCACCCCCUCAAGGUCUUCUUCGGCUCCAUCUUCUUCUUCCUUUUUUUCCUCCUCACAGCCCCCAUGGCUUUCCUGGGAUUCCUGCUCUGGGCGCCACUCCAGGCCUGCCGCCGGCCGUUUUCCUACCACCGAGCGGGACCGCCCUCGGCGGAGAGAGAGACGAACCGAGGCUUUGAGCAAACGGGGAAGGCGUCGUUCACCUUCGCCUCGGCCAACCUGUGCCUCCUAACGGACGGCCUGGCUCGCUUCAACAACCUGGCCCACACCCAGCGGAGGGCCCACGAGAUCGGCCAGUGCAUCGCGAAGAGCGUCGGCCGAGCCCAGGUGGUCAUCACGGUGGAGUCCCCCAGCAGCUGCGGCCCCCUCAGCCCUUCUGACAGCUUCAUCCCCAGAGUGAGCUCAGAUCCAGACGGAGGUCAUGGCCGUGAACCCGCCGAAAGCUCCGCGUCCUCCGAUGACGCCGCGGACCCCCUGACUGAACCGUCGUCCUCCCAACCCAAUUACAACGAGAACUCCAACAAACAGGGGCGGUCAGAUCACGAGGGCCCCGACGUCUUGCUCUCCAAGCGUCCCCGCCAGCAGGACGAGGAGCCCUGGGAGGUGUCGUCCUUGUUUCCGGCCAACGUCGACAUGCUGUGUCUGGAGGAGGUGUUCGAUAAGAGAGCCGCCAAAAAGCUCACCGGUGCACUUCAGCCGUUGUUCGGACACAUCCUGUAUGACGUCGGCGUGUACGCCUGCCAGCCGCCGUGCAGGUGCUCUUCUUUUAAGUUCUUCAACAGCGGACUCUUCGUGGCCAGCAGAUUCCCGGUGCUGGAGGCUCAGUACCGCUGCUUUCCCAACAGCCGAGGGGAAGACGCCCUGGCUGCCAAGGGGCUGCUCUCUACUAAGGUGCUAAUUGGGCAGAACAAGAAAAAGAAGAAGGUGGUCGGCUAUUUCAACUGCACACAUCUUCAUGCACCAGAGGGUGAGGGAAAGAUUCGCUGUGACCAGCUGGACAUGGUCACCAGGUGGAUCGGGGAUUUUCAGACCGCCCACAGACAGCCUGACGAGGAGGUGGUCUUCGACGUGCUCUGCGGGGAUUUCAACUUCGACAACUGCUCACCCGACGACGCUUUAGAACAGAACCACUGUUUGUUUGAGGAGUACAGAGAUCCAUGCAGAGCAGAACCUGGCAAAGAGAAGCCCUGGGUCAUUGGGACUCUGCUGGAGCAGCCUUCUUUGUACGACGAUGAUGUGAGCUCCCCAGAAAAGCUACAGAGGACUCUGCAAUCAGAGGAGCUGAGGAAGCAGUACAUCUCUCCUCCUGUUCCUAAAGAGGGCGUCCCUCUGGUUUACCCCGAAGCGGGCCAGCCGUGGAUUGGACGUCGGAUCGAUUACGUUCUCUACCGGGAAACCUCCAUUUCAAAGCUGUGCAGAACAGAACUUGAAGAGGUGACCUUCAUAACUCAGCUGGCUGGGCUUACCGAUCACAUUCCUGUUGGCUUGAGGCUGAAAGUCACGAUGGACUCCGACUACGAUGAUGAAUGAGCAAACUUUCAAAAGUACUCAACUUCACACAGUUUUACUUAAGCUGUUUUAUUGACAUACUUGAAUUUGUAAUUUUAGGGAAAACAUUUACUCACUGGUACGUUGUCGCCUCGGGUGGAAGUUAUUUUUGAUCGGUUUGUUAUGGUUUCACAUUUCGUACACAUUUUAUAUGUUAAGAGCUGCUCAGAGUUGUUGCAUUAAUCUUUUUUUUUCUAAAUCUAUAUUUUAAUAGACCAAAAAGAAAAUGAGAAUACAUGUUAUUCUUUCUAUUUUGCCUUUAAUGGGGCACCAAGUAGGGUGCGGAGUAUCCGACUCUUAUACUCUGUGACCACAGGUGCCAUUAAGUGCAUAUCCUUUGCAUGCAAGUUCAUAAAUUUGUCACAUCUCAAAUUGUUGCUUUUCAGGUUCGUUUAUGUUUGUGUUGGUUUUGUCAAAUCUCUCUGUAGUGAAUUGAUUAGUAGGAUUACUAAUAAGUUCCGUUAUUAUCUGUUCAAUAAUUUGUGUCAGAUCGGUUUGGAUAGCUGUUUUCCAUUAAUAAAUGGAAUUAUGAUUUGAAAAUGG